AUGGCAGAAAUAAUUAGACAACCAGAAAUAAUGGAAAAAGCACAAGCUGAGCUUGCAAAAGUCAUUGGAAAAGGAAAAAUAGUAGAAGAAGCUGAUGUUUCUCGACUCCCAUACUUGCAAUGCAUUAUCAAAGAAACCUUAAGAAUGCACCCACCCGUUCCGUUCUUAGUCCCGCGUAAAGUGGAGCAGGAUGUUGAAAUGUGUGACUAUAUCAUCCCGAAAGGGUCACAGGUACUAGUCAACGUGUGGGCAAUUGGUCGAGAUUCUACGUCUUGGGAGGAUCCUUUAGUGUUUAAACCUGAGAGGUUUUGGAGUUCGGAUGUGGAUAUGCGAGGGCAAGAUUUUGAAUUGAUUCCGUUUGGUGCUGGUCGAAGAAUAUGCCCUGGCUUACCACUGGCAUUAAGAAUGGUUCCGGUAAUGUUGGGCUCGCUAUUGAAUUCCUUCACUUGGAAGCUCGAACCAGGAAUUGCACAAAAAGACUUAGAUAUGGAGGAGAAGUUUGGUAUCACCUUAGCGAUAGCCCAUCCUUUGCGGGUUAUCCCAUCCCCGAUUUAG